AUGACCUUUUACAAACCAAAUCAUCUGGGCUCUCUUCUGGCAAAUAGUACUAUACGAUACUAUACGUCUACUUCUGGCGAUGAGAUGGUUUCCCUCAAGGACUAUUACACCAGAAUGAAGGAAAACCAGAAACACAUCUAUUACAUCACAGGUGAGACCAAGGAUCAGGUAGCGAACUCGGCCUUCGUGGAGCAUCUUCAGAAGCAUGGCUUGGAAGUGAUCUACAUGAUCAAGCCCAUCGAUGAGUACUGUGUCCAACAGCUGAAGGAAUUUGAGGGGAAGACGUUAGUGUCUGUUACCAAAGAGGGCUUGGAACUUCCAGAAGACGAAGAAGAGAAAAAGAAACAGGAAGAGAAAAAAACAAAGUUUGAAAACCUGUGCAAGAUCAUGAAGGACAUCUUGGAGAAAAAAAUAGAAAAGGUGGUCGUGUCAAACCGAUUGGUGACCUCCCCGUGCUGCACUGUCACAAGCACAUACAGCUGGACGGCAAAUAUGGAGAGGAUCAUGAAGGCCCAGGCCUUGAGAGACAACUCCACCAUGGGCUACAUGGCCGCGAAGAAGCACCUGGAGAUAAACACCAACCACUCCAUCAUUGAAACCUUACGGCAGAAGGCAGAGGCCGACAAGAAUGACAAGCCUGUGAAAGAUCUGGUCAUCCUGCUUUACGAAACUGCUCUCCUGUCCUCUGGCUUCAGUCUGGAAGACCCCCAGACACAUGCUAACCGGAUCUACAGAAUGAUCAAGCUCAGUCUCAGUAUUGACGAAGACGACCCCACGGCUGACGAUAGCAGUGACGCGGUGAGCGAAGAGAUGCCGCCCCUCGAGGGUGACGAUGACACGUCCCGCGUGGAGGAAGUCGAUUAAGCGCCGCUGAGCAUUACUUGUACAUAUAUUCGAUACUUUAUCUUCAUUCCCUCUGAUAAUAUAUUUUCAAGGGUG